UACCAUGUCAGUCCAAAGUCAAAACAAAACACCUAACCUUGUUUUCGAAUUAUCGUCAUGAUAAUAAGAUACUAUAUAUUUCCUUAUUGUUAUGCAUUUUAUGAAAAAAUCAAGCAAGUGCAUAAUUAAUAUUUUCUCCUUGAAAUAUUUAGUUUCUAAAAGAAUGUCCACACAACCGAAGUUUCUCAAAGAAGACUACCUCCUAGCAAAAUGUAAACAGUUGCCCCCUUCUCUAUCUCAAGAUAAACACAAGGGAGAAGCUGGAAGAAUAGGAGUAUUUGGAGGAAGUCUCGAAUAUACUGGAGCUCCUUACUAUGCUGCCAUAACUUCGCUGAAAGUUGGAGCAGAUCUAGUGUAUGUGUUUUGCAUGAAAGAAGCAGCUACAGUUAUAAAAACAUACAGUCCGGAGCUGAUUGUGCUUCCAUAUCUUGACCAUAGCCAAGCAGCAACUAAAAUAGAACCUUGGUUGGAAAGACUCCAUGUUAUAUUGAUUGGUCCAGGUUUAGGAAGAGACGAAUCUACUUUCAACGUUAUAAAGCAGGUGAUCAGUUUAUGCAAGAAGUUGAGAAAACCACUGGUUAUAGAUGCAGAUGGAUUAUUCCUGAUUUCAAAUAAUAUUGACUUGAUAAAAGACUAUCCAAAUAAAUUAAUUUUAACACCAAAUAUAGUUGAAUUUUCCAGAUUGGUAGGUAAUUCAGAAACCGAAAAAUAUAGGACUAACUCAGCAAGACUUUUUGAGUUGUGUUCGAACUUGACAAUUGUUGUAAAAGGGCCAGAAGAUAUAAUUUUCGAUAAGGCAAUUGAGACAAAAGUAACUGGUUCAGGAUCAGGUAGAAGAUCUGGAGGCCAAGGGGAUUUGUUAGCAGGUGCAGUGGCCACCUUUUUGUGUUGGUCUAUGCAAAAAGAUAUUCCGAUAGAAAGUGAAGAAUCACAUGAUGAGAGAGCUCUUUUAGCUUCCUUCGGGGGUUGCAAGCUUGUGAGAGAAUGUAAUAAAGUAGCUUUUUCCAAAUUUGGAAGGAGCAUGACUGCUUUAGAUAUGACAUCUAUGGUGCACACUGUUUUCGAUCAUUAUUUUGAGAAUAAGAAAAAUGUUAUUGGGAGUGUUUUUGAUUGAUCAUUAGUACUUUUUUGAUCAAAGUAAUCAAAGUAAAUAUUAUUUCUAU